UAGAUAUUUAACACCAUGUACUAUUGUUUGCUUUUGUUAGGCAAGACCAGAACAAAAGACAAGUACCGUGUUGUAUAUACAGACCACCAACGCUUGGAACUUGAGAAGGAAUUCCACUAUAGCCGCUAUAUCACCAUCCGGCGGAAAGCAGAGCUGGCAGCAGCCCUUGGACUCACUGAGCGGCAGGUGAAAAUCUGGUUCCAGAACCGGCGAGCAAAGGAGAGGAAAGUGAACAAGAAGAAGAUGCAGCAGCAAACGCAGCCUGCCAGCACAACCACGCCAACCCCGCCAGCAGUUGGCACUCCUGGCCCAAUAGGAGGCAUCUGCAGCAGUACCACCAGUCUAGUUUCCUCCUCGCCAAUGACUAUCAAGGAAGAAUUUAUGCCUUAAACCCAGCCUUUCCACUAGGUCUUCAGACUAACUUACCCAGAAUGAUAUGGAUUACCCCGAGAGUCAAACUAGCAGUCAGGCUCUCAACACUCACACUGAUGGAACCCAGUGGCUUUUUGUAUAUGCGACUCUACUGGACAAAUAUAAUCAACUCAUUCCUAGGAAUUAAAACAAAAUCGGCCUGUUGCUAUUUAGGAAAAGACUUGCUAUUGUCUCAGAGUAUUUAAGGGGAGGAAGCAUGGAUGUUUGGGAGGAAAGAAACAGAGAAUCAGUGUACUUAGAAAAAAUCUGAUCGGAUCUGGAUCAGAAUCGUUGAGGGUCAGGUGACAUACAAGUUUAAUUAAUUAUUAAAUUAUAUUUUGUCAGCCUCUGGGUUGGGCCACAGUCAUCACUUAGGCCUUGUUAAGUGGGUCAAAAAGGCAGGAGCCAAGUUACUUAUUUCAAGCCCAAUCCCAGCCAGUUUAUAGACUCAUUCAGGUCAGAUGACAGAGGCUGAGCCCACAUUCUAGCUAUAUGUAUACCAUUAGGAACUAAAGUCAUACUAAAGCCUAAGUAGGCAAGAGAAACCAGGUGGGGAAAGAACAUGACAAUCAAGAUGGCAGAAACUAGCCAAAGACCUUAACGAGGGCAACACUCCUCAAGAGAGGAAAGCAAGUUAGUUUUUGGCUUCCACAGAGCAUGAAUGCCCAAAGUCAAAUGUUGUUUUCUUGCAAAUUUUAAUUGUGCACAUAUUCCGCGUCAGAGGCAUCUGAUUUGGUUUUUGCUUUGAGACACUUAAUUUAUAAACUCUUGUUUGUCCCAUUUCCUCCCACCAUAUUCUUGCACAGCGUUUGGAUGUUGAGGAUGAUAGUUUGGACUGACAACCUGCUUAGGAAGAGAUUUGUCUGUUACUGCCUCUGGAUUAAUAUGCCUGCUGGGUGAGGAUUCUGGCACCUGCAGUCCCAAUCAUCAGGGGAAGCCCUAAUGAAAGGUUGCCCUAAAACUUCCCUGGCUGUAAAGCAGUGUUUCUCAACCUUGGCAACUUCAACAUGUGUGGACUCCCAGAAUUCUUCAGCCAGCAUGCUGGGGAAACUACACAACUUGAGGUUGCCAAGGUUGAGUAACACUGCUCUAAACCAUAGGAACUGUGGACCACAGUACUUCAUCUUCAUGGUCAGCAGUGCAUUUCAUGUGUGUGAACUCAAUCAUUGUGGGGUUUGUAAAUAUAACUUAUGGCAUAAUGUUAUGCACUAACUAGGCCACUAUGUCUUAUUUAAGAACCAUGGUUAAAACAAUGUCUUCCCACAAUGUGGGAACUCAGCCAUUAAUUAUUUGCCUAUCUGAGUAAAGGAGCAGAAUGAAUCAGUAAGACCAGGAUUCCACUUUUCAUUGACUUGCUCUGCUGUCGAUACUCUAAUCAAACUUGUAGGAAAACUUCACCAGUUCUUUACAUUCGAUAUGGGCAUCUUCUUUGUGUGACUAUAGCUGACAGAAGAGGGCACAACGUGGAAGUGGUACUCUCAACAAAAUCAGCUUAUUCCCCCCUUACGCCUUUGGCUGAGUUCCACUAAUAGCAACAAAUUACAUGCAGCAGAGCUGCAGAAAAUAUACAUUAGCUGGAUUCACACAUUGCAUUAAUCCAUGGUUUGUUGAACAAGCAACAGUGGCAGACCACAAUGACCAGGUUCACACAAACAACAGUGGCAAAUGACAAUGGCCGAGUUUACCUAUUAACAAAGCGAAAACUAAAUUAUCACACAAGCAAACCACAUUGUGCCUUGACAUGGAGUGUGAACCUAACCAAUAAAAUGAGGCUAGUAGUGAUCAAGAAAGCCAGACUAUAUUUUGGAGCAGGUAUCUCUUACUGAUCUGCAUACACCUAAUAACAGCAAAUAAAAAGAUAACACUGGGGUGAAAUUUAACAUUUCCUGAUUCCUUUUCCUCCUUUUCAAGCUUGGCAUAAAGCAAUGCUUCUCAACCUCAGCAGCUUUAAGAUGUCUGAACUUCGACUCCCAGAAUUCCCCAGCCAGCAUCUUAAAGUUACUGAGGUUGAGAAACACUGGUGUAAAGCUUCAUGGGUCUUUCCCUGAUUGACAGUAAUAUACUGCAGUUAUAUAAAGUGAAGUAAAAUGUGAUCCUUUUAUUUAAAAAGCCAAGAGAAAGUGGAGGAGGUGAAGAUAAUUUGUUUUCCCUGAAUAGCUGAUUGGAUUGCUUUCUUUCUGUCACCCCCUCUGAUAUUUGGCUUUGAACUAAUUGCUCUCCUCUUGUAAGGUGCCUAACUCUUCCUUCCUCAACUCCAGAAUCUGCAGUCCUUGGUAAUGCAAACACUGAUGUUUAUAUUUCUUCAUUAUGCUGCUCAGGUUGGGCUUGUUUGGGUGUGUUUUUAAGGUAAUUUUAUAAGCCUAAAUAAAUUAAAUAAUACAUCUUUUAGGUGUUUGUAAUUACCCUUCGGUCUUUUUUACGAAGUACAGAAAAUUUGUGAGUUCCCUCUUUUGAAGUCUGGAGCUGAGGACAGAGAUGAUGAUGAUGAUGAUGAUGAUGAUGAUGAUGAUGAUGAUAAUAAUAACAAUAUCCCACCUUUAUUUUUGUACGACUCAAAGUGAUGUACAUAAUACUUCUGCCUUCUACUUUCCUGAUGAACAAUCCUGUGAGGUGGGUUGGGUUGAGAGAAAGUGACCGUAUACAUUUUUUAACUUAGAAAACAAUAGAUAGACACUCUCAGUGGUAAGACAAAGGAUAUUUUUUAAUGCUACAAAUUAUUAGACUUGAAUUAUUAAAUGGCUUUGAAAUGUU